AUGCCGCCUGUGCACGCCCUCCCAGUUGAAGCCAUUGUACGUGCGUUGGCAGCGCAUCCCAAGAGUGCAGCGCAUAUUGUGUAUGGCACUGCUGGAUUCAGGACCAAGGCUGCGCUCUUGGACAGCACCUGUUUCCGCAUUGGACUGAUCGGAGCGCUUCGAAGCAAAGCUUUGGACGGCAAGGUCGUCGGCCUCAUGGUCACUGCGAGCCAUAACCCCGAGCCCGACAACGGAGUUAAGAUUGUAGAUGCGCGUGGGGAGAUGCUGGAUGCUGCAUGGGAGCCAGUCUGCACGCGCAUUGCGAAUGCUGCGACUGCCGAAGAGCUCGUGCAGGAACUGCAGCACGUAGUCGACGCAUUUCAGAUUGACCUCUCUGUUCCUGCGCGUGUAGUAUACGCAUGGGACACGCGCCCUUCGAGUCCAAGCCUUGUAAGGGCAAUUGUGGAUGGUAUGGAUGCGAUCGGUGCCGAAAAGAUGGACGGCGGUCUGCUCACGACGCCCCAACUACACUAUUUGGUCUUUGCGUACAACACCGCAGGCACGCCCGAUGCCUACGGCGAGCCGACCGAAGAAGGUUACUACCAUAAACUCGGCGAUGCGUAUCUGUCUGCGACGCAAAACAAGCCUGCGCCCGUGACGCUCGUCGUGGACUGCGCCAACGGGGUGGGCGCAAAGUCGCUGCAAGGCCUGGAAAAAGUAGUGCCGCACGACCGCUUGCCACUCCAGCUGCUGCGCACGGAGAUGAAAGCGCCGGGUGCGCUGAACAAUGGGUGCGGGGCCGACUUUGUCAAGACGAACCAAAAACUCCCGGCCGGCUACGACCAGGAGAGCCAUGUGCAACAAAACACGCUGCUGUGUUCCUUUGACGGCGAUGCGGACCGCAUUGUGUUUUACUACUUAACGGGGCCGCCCGAAAAGAGUGAAAACUUUCACCUACUCGACGGCGAUCGAAUUGCAGCGCUUGCAGCCGACUACCUCUCGGAGCUGGUCGAGCAAUCGGGCCUGGACGUGCAGCUCGGCUGUGUCCAGACGGCGUACGCAAAUGGAUCUUCCACUUUGUACUUGGAAAAGCGCGUUCCUGUAGCUUUCACGCCGACUGGCGUGAAGCAUUUGCACCACGAAGCGGAAAAGUAUGAUAUUGGGAUCUACUUUGAGGCAAACGGCCACGGCACUGUCCUCUUUUCCAAGCGUGCCAUGCAGGCGAUUCGCGAUGCAAAGCCAAGCACUCCCGCGGCGCACGCAGCGGUACAACAGCUUGCUGGUCUUGCCGCUGUCAUCAAUCAAACGGUCGGCGAUGCGGUGUCGGACAUGCUCAUGGUCCUCGUUAUUCUUGCCGCCCGUCAGUGGGGUCCUGUCGAAUGGGACGCAUUGUACACCGACUUGCCCAACCGGCUGUGCAAGGUGCAGGUCUCUGACCGUACCCAGUUCAAGACGACAGACGCAGAGCGCCGCUUGACGAGUCCCGCUGGGAUGCAGGCACAGAUCGAUGCGUUGGUCGCCCAGUACCCCCUGGGCCGCUCGUUUGUGCGCCCAAGCGGAACUGAAGAUGUGGUGCGUGUCUAUGCGGAGGCAGCCAAGGCCGAGGAUGUCGCGGCGCUGGCCAAGCAGGUGACUGCGCUUGUGGAAACGGCAUAA